AUGGGGAGAAUUAAGAAGGUGGCCAGCCAGAAACACGAGGCUACGAUCUCACCGUUUCUGACGGAUUUUAUUGCGCAAUGUAUCAAAAUUUCUAUUGCAGAGCUCCCCCGACAUCUCUCUGCUUUCCCUCGAACAUGGCCUUUCCCACGAGGGGACCUUUAUCAUUGGAUCGGUGUUCUGAAUCACUUCGACGAGAUAUUGGCAUCUGUGAUCGAGAAGUAUGAACUCAACGCGGGGCCACAGACCAAACCUUUCAGUCGUCUAGUGCUAGCAGAUUCAUAUACGAGUGGCGGUCAGGUGAGCGCCGAGGAAGUUGAUGCCCGACUCGACGCUCUGGGCUAUGGUCCUGAAGGUGAUAGGGAGCUGGUCGAGUCCAUCUUGGAUUUCUCCAGGCUCCUCCAAGACAAGUGUGGCAACCGUAGCCUGUACAGCAGUAGUGACCGUCUGGGCGAUCUCCUCAACACCACAUCGCUGUCUCUUCUGCAGUCGACUCUAAGGCUGGCUCUCGCCCUGGCCCAAAGGUACCAUUCCCGGCAACGGACGAGUAGUACGCAUAUACAGCAGAGUCUGUUGGCAACACACUACAACAUAGAUCUGGAAAAGCUCCAGAGACUCGCCGUGCCGUUUCCGCGGCCCUUUGUGACUGCUAAAGCAUCUGUUGCUACCUCUCCUGCUGUCUUGGUGAAGGGUAAGGAGAAGGCGGUUCAGACCACCCACGACGCCAAUGACUUGGUCUCCUUGACGCGGGAGAACGAGGGAUGGGAGGAAUGGGGUGUUGUCCGUGUCUUGUAUUACCCUCCUGGUACUGUCGAUCCAGCAAAGAGUACCGCAGAAAGCGCAAACGCGGAACGACAGCCACAGGUACCGACAACCCCGACCCCAUUGCGAAGAAGCAACACCCAUCCUACGCCACGUUUGAGCCGUAUGUCGACGACUGAGGAAUCGCCUUCUGCCUCUGUCAACAGCCCUGGGAAACCUGACGAGCCGUUGCGAGGCGGCAAGGUCUUAGAGAUUCCUUCCUCAAAAGUGUCUUCAUCGAAAGCUGAAGACCUCGUCGCCACCGGGCUGAAGGAAGUACCAAACGAGGCAAAAUACGAUUUCCUCCAGAAGGUCAGGGUAGCUCAGGCGCUGGCUGCAUCUCCGUCGACCCGGCAGCAGAUCCUUGCGAUCAGGAUUCUGGCAAUCACUAAUCUUGCGUACGUUUACCCCGAAGCCGUCUUCCAGCAGAAGAUCCUGCAGAAUGAUUCAGAUCUGCCGAAGCGUCUCCAGCUUGCCCAGCAAUUGGCGGAGCUUGCCCACCUUGGUGCGAGCGGUGAUAUUUCUGCUUCCAAGUCUUUGCAAACAUUCGCUCUCAAUGCACUUGACGCUUUAGCGAAACACAAAGCUAGAGCAGUUGAGGUUUGUGCAGCCUUGAAUGUCAAUGUCAACCACGGCAUUCUCAUGUUUUUGACACGGAAAGCUAUCAACGAUCUGGGAUCCGAUGCGGCCGAGGCGGAUGACGCUGCAAACGAUGAAUGGCGUGAUGCAUUAUUUGCACUUCUGCGGACGUUGCCUGGUUCAAGUACUCGAACCCCUGAGACAUUGGUCGCUGCGGGAUUGAUUCCUAUGUUCGUCGACAUUCUCAACCUGCAAACGGAGAAAGCUCGGAGACUCUAUCCCCGUGUUAUGGAAUUCCUCGACACCUUUGUUCAUGCUGUACGGGACGCAUUCUCAACUCUGGCAAGCGCCAAAGGAUUCGAUGCUAUUUCUGAUCUUAUUGCGCACGAAACGACGUCAUCUUUUGAGAAUGUCUCGAAGGGCUCGGGGCUCCCUCCCCAGUACAAGACGCCCUCAAUUGAUUAUCAGAUCCCUUAUUUCCAACAGCAAGCUCUUAGGUGGUUGUUUAGGUUCGUCAACCACAUCAUGCAGCACAAUGGCGGCGGUUUCGACCGUGUGCUUCGGAAUCUGAUUGACUCUCCGCCCUUGCUGAAGGCACUGCGUCUGGUGUUUGAGAACCCUAGGAUCUUUGGUUCCCAUGUAUGGAGUGGAGCUGUCAACAUUUUGAGCAGUUUCAUUCACAAUGAACCGACCAGCUAUGCGGUCAUUGCGGAAGCCGGUCUGAGCAAGAGCUUCCUUGAGACUGUGAUGCUGCGAGAAAUCACAACUCCCGAGAACCCUGAACCCUCUCCAGAGGAGGAAGCUGAACCUUCGCCGGACCAGGAAGCCGGUGUAGUCUCUGCCGCGGCGCCGAGCGCUGAACCCAAAAUACGUGAGUACAGUAUCGUUAGGCCAAGGGACAGUCAGUUAGCCAGAGGGAUUCUUCCCGCCGCAGAGUCAAUUUCAUGUAUUCCUCAGGCCUUUGGCGCUAUUUGUCUGAAUGCCACGGGGCUUCGGCUCUUCCAGGCAUCAGAGGCUCUGGACAGUUACUUCGAAAUCUUCGAGUCUCCUGAACAUGUCAAAUGCAUGAAAGACGAUGCAAACUUAGUUCGCUCUCUGGGAACGACGUUUGACGAAUUGGUUCGACACCAUCCUGCUCUUAAACAGUCUGUGAUGACUGCUGUCAUUGUGAUGGUCGCCCGUGUUGGCCUCCUUUGCAAAAGCAAAGCCUGGGAGCAUGGAGCUGGUGCUCGACUCUGGACCGAAGACAAGGAAGGAACACGUUCUAUCUCCGGAGGACCUUCAUCUUUGCUCGGCGAGAUUGGCUGCCCUAUUGAUAAGACAUCUGGCCCUCAGCAUAUUAGUGUUCCGGAGCUUGACGCAGUGACGCUCCCCAACGGUAGUAAACUCCUCCCUGGUGAUCCUAACCAGCUCGGUCUAUCCGAGAGCGGACCGUCGGAUCCCAAAGACGAGGACAGCCACGGGCUUACAGUUGCGAACUAUCUCUACCCUGUCCUUCGGUUCCUGGGUGCAUUCUUCGAGAAUCAAGCCAACUGUACCUAUUUCAUUGAAUCAGGCGGAGUCGAGUUUGUGUUAGACUUUGCUACUCUACAGAGCCUUCCGUUUGAUUUCCAUAGUAGCGAGGCUAGUCAUGAACUGACUCAGCUAAUUCACAUGAUGGCUGAAACUAAGCCGCAUCUCGUGCUACCGUCUCUAGUUAACCGUGCCCAAAAGGCCGUGGACAGCGUUGCUGGCUUCUGGAUGGAAUCGAAGCCUGCCGGAUUCUUCUCUACAUUGGCAAAGCCGACCAAAGAUGGCGAAACCUCGACAGACGCUGACGAGAGCGCACAAUUUGCAAACGCCCAUGGUACUUAUUUCGCAAAGCAUCUCGUUGCAGUACAUAUACUCACAGACAUCCUUCGCGAGGCCUAUACGCCGCCGAUGUACCAAACACGCCCUAGUCAACAAACGUCGGCCUUUAUUCAUGUCAAUCUGGCGGACCGGUAUUCUGCCCUUGUAACUGCUCUCGGGCGGUUACACGGCGCUUGUGUGUGGGAGGAGAUAGUGCUCCAGAAAAACAUUCCGGAUACUUGGAAUGAAGCCACCAAAACUGGUGGGUAUCGGGCUGGUAACGAGGAAUCGGGCGAAAAUGCUGGAUUGCUCACUGCGGACGAAACAUCUAAUCCCUCUGAAGCUGGGAGGGGAAAUGCUGGGCUUUCUGCUGGUGGUGAUACCACCCAAGAAGCCAGUGGCGCUGGUUCUGCUCCCGAAGCCGCACAUAACAAAAUCCCCGAAGAAAGCGCUGCAUUCAAGAAUGCUCAGACCCUCCGCUAUCUACUAAGCUCCGUUCCUUCUUCUAUCACUGGAUUCUUCCAUCUGCUUGGUCACGGGCUUAUUGGAAAGCGUCGUAUGGAUGCCUAUCAAAAACAGAAUGCAUCCAUGGUAGCUGAGGCCAUUGCAUCUGCAGUUCUUCGGCAACUGCAACUUGGCACACCUAACAGGACUUCUUCUAUAAAGGAUCGCUUUUCCUACCUCAUUGUUAUCCUGUCGUCCUUCUCGCAGUUGCUUUUCGAGACUACCGGCGAACGUUCUCACUCCCAUUGCUUGACCUUAAUUCUCUUUGCCUUUAAGAGACAGAAUGGCUUGAAGGUGAUGAAAGGUCUGUGCGAUAUUUUCCUGCGGGAGAUCAAGACUCUAGUUCGCAAAGACGGAACAUAUGAAGACCAGGACGUGUCUGCACGACUAGCUUCGGCGUACGGAGGGAUUAAGAUCAUUCUAACUUUCUUCUCGGAAAUAACGUCAGCUCGGUACAUCAUGGAUUCGACACAGACGCAAGCUAUGACUAGUAAUGAGAGGGAGCGGGAUCGUCCUGAUUUUUUCCAGCCUUCGCAGUUCUUGGUAGAUCUCCGAAUGGAAGUUCUGCCUAUGGUCCGGGAGAUGUGGAGCUCUGACUUUGUUGACCAAGCAUCCAGCUCUAUUGUCAAAUGCCUGGUUGACAUUUUACGCUCUACUCUUGAUGGCGAUUACGAGACUGGAGCUGCCCGACGCUCAGAAACACAGCCCAUUUUAGUCGAGGCGCCUAAGAAGACGUUCUCCAUCAACAGAGAGCGCAUGACAGUGCUACGUGAGAAGGGUUUCGAGAAGGAACUCGUUAAGGAAGCACUGUACCGAUGUAACAAUUCUUCAUCUACGGCUGAAGAAUACUGUAAAUCGCGAAACUGGCUCAGGGCACCGCCCAGACUCCCGCCACCGUCAAACGAUGUCGAGACUCGGUCCAGUCCAGCGGGCGAGGCUUCUGAAGAUGCCGCUGUUGGUGAUGCCCCGCCAUUCAGCAGUGGACUCCUCGAGAGAUCCACCCUUGCUAUGCUUCUAGCACAGGCUACCGGACGAACUGCUGAGGAAGGGGAUGAUGCACAUGGCCAAACCGGCGGUCCAGGAAGAGAGAUUGGGAACGGCACAGAGUUCUUGGCAAGAGCCCUUAACCAUAUCCUCAAUGACCAUGAAGACCUGGCGGGCGAGGAAGAUGGCCGGCCGUCCAACCAGAAUCAGGGAAACAAUCCAUCUGAACGUGCCGAGCAGACAGGAGAUCACCCGGUCAGGCGGCGCGAGGUCACGACUAUUGAAGACCUGGAUGUGGAGCGGGACAAGAUCCGAUCGAACCUGAUUGAACGCUGCUUGGAUGUGCUUAACGUUCAUCACGAUGUGACAUUCGAACUCGCAGACCUGAUUGCAGCUGCGACCAAAAAGCAUCGCGAUCCUGAAGGUUUCCGCAAGGAAGUUGGAGAGACCCUAGUUCAGUCCUUGGUGUCAUUGCAGACGGAGGAAGAUAUUCGGCCUUCUGGCAAGAAGAUCGCUGCCUAUGCUAAUCUCCUUGCAUUGGUGCUUCAGGACAAAGACAUAUACUCUGCGACAUUGGGAGACAUCAAGGACUAUUUCGGAACCUUGCUUGGAUUUAUUCGGAUUCCGCCCUCGGAUAAGAUGACAGAGGAGGCGAGUCCGUGGGUAGGCCAAGUGUUGCUCAUCAUCGAAAAGUUGCUAUCUGAUGAUGCUCAGCCGCCUGUGAUCCGUUGGAACCCCCCGAGUUUCGAUGAUCCCACUGCAAGCGAGGAACCUGCGCAGCUGGAAGAACCCCUGAUCUCCCUCGAGGAGAAGAUGGACCUCUUCGGAGCUCUUGUCGAUAUACUACCCCGCAUCGGAAAAGACGAUGCUCUUGCGCUAUCUGUGUGCCGUAUUUUUGUCAUCCUCACACGGAACCGCAAAAUUGCCGAGAAACUGGGGGAGAAGCGGAACCUGCAGCGUCUGUUCGUGAUGGUGAAGCAACUUUCCAGUUCCACCAACGAGAAGUUGCAAAGCGCCUUCAUGUUAAUUCUUAGGCACAUCAUCGAGGAUGACGACACUGUUCGCCAGAUCAUGAGGAGUGAGAUAGUUGCCAACUUCGAAUCUAGAGCCUCACGACAGACUGAUACGACUGGCUAUGUUCGACAAAUGUACCACCUCGUCCUGAGAAACCCAGAACUAUUCGUGGAGAUUACGAACGAGAAGCUUAAACUUCAGCGCUAUGACUCUCAUCAACGCCCACAGAUCCUUGCUCUGAAGUCCGACAAGACUGACAGUCCUCUCGGUCCCUCUGCGGUUUCGACUGGAAACGAAGGCGAAAAUGUUGAUAAGGAUAUGGAAAACAUUGAAGCAAGUGGUGCGCUUCCUUCUACUGAAAUUCCAGCAAUGGAAACAAAGGACAAAGGAAAGGCCGCGGAACUCAGGGCACCAGUGGUGGAAAAGCCGGAUGGUGUUAUCCAUUACUUACUCUCGGAACUACUAUCAUAUAAAGAUGUUGACGAUAAGGAGCCGCCAAACGCCGAGGCCUCAGAACCAUCAGGCCCUGAGCGAUCUGACCCUCAAGCUGACGUCGAGAUGUCUGGAGGAGAAGCGUCGCCGUCAUCUUCCAGUGCAGAUCUACCAGCAACACGGGAUCAGAAGAAGACAGAAAAGCCAGUCUUCAAGGCUGAUGAUCACCCAAUCUACAUUUAUCGCUGCUUCCUUCUACAGUGUCUAACUGAGCUCUUGUCAUCGUAUAACCGCACAAAAGUCGAGUUCAUCAACUUCUCUCGCAAGGCUGAUCCCCUGGCAACAACGCCAUCGAAACCACGGUCUGGUGUCCUCAACUACCUACUGAAUGCCCUGGUCCCUCUUGGCACCCUUGAACAUGAUGAAUCGGUUGCCUUCAAGAAGAGAAGCAACACCUCUGCUUGGACUAUGCGGGUAAUCGUCGCCCUUUGCACGCGGACCGGCGAGUUUGGCGCGAUAAACCCUAGACGACGCAACACUCAGGAAGAGGAAGAUGAGCCUGAUUUGGCAUUUGUUCGAAGAUUCGUCCUAGAACAUGCUCUGAAGUCGUACAGAGAUGCAAAUUCUUCCACCGAACCUCUUGAGGUCAAAUAUUCUCGGCUCAUGUGCCUUGCUGAUCUCUUCGACAAGAUGCUUAGUGGCUACUCGUUUGCUGGUGGUGACACUGCCUACCCAUCUUCCACGAGGCAACUUGCCAAGACGAUGUUUGAGAAGCAUUUCAUCUCUGCCCUUACAGCUUCUAUAGCAGAUAUAGAUCUCAAUUUCCCUGCGUCGAAGAGGGUGAUCAAGUACAUACUCCGCCCCUUGAAUAAACUCACGCAAACUGCCGUCAUCUUGAGCGAGAACUCGGACCUCUCGACUCUAGGAGAGACCGAGGAAGACGAGAUUUCAUCAGCCACUUCUGUCUCCGAUAUGGAUGAUGAUCGCGAGGAGACUCCUGACCUCUUCCGUCACUCUACUCUAGGUAUGCUAGAGCCUAGCCACGAGGAAGAGACAAGUGAGGAAGAAACGGAAGAGGACGAGGAUGAAAUGUACGAUGAUGAGUACGGUGAAGAAAUGGAUUAUGAUGAGGACCUGCCGGAAGAUGAUGGCGAGGUUGUCAGUGACGAGGAUGAGGAGCUAGAAGGCGCUGGUCCCAUUGAAGGUCUCCCGGGUGAUUCCGGCAUGGACAUCGAAGUUCUCAUCGACGAAGACGAAGAUGAUGAGGAUGAGGAUGAUGAUGAUGAAGACGAAGAUGACGAAGAGGACGAUAUGGAGGACGAUGAAAUCAUGGCUGGAGAAAUCACGGGUGACCAUGACAACGAUAGCCUCGAGGAAGGAGACGAGGAUGAAUGGGAGAGCGAAGACAUGUCCGAAGAGGAUGAGGAAGCUGAGAUGCUGAACCAGUUCGAGAACGAGCUACAAGAUAUCAGACAGGCAGACCAGCGUGGCGAUAGUCACAGAUUUGAUGAUCUUUUCCGUGUCCUUAAUGAAGCCGCUGGAGGCGUUGAAGACUUCCAUCACGGAGACAGUCUUGCUGGAGAUAUGCAAGAUGAUUUGAUGGAUGAUGAAGUGAACGAAGACGAGGAUGAUGAAGAGAUCGAUGAGUUAGAGGAAGAGCUCGAUGAGCUGGAUGAAGACCAAGGGUCGUACCAGGGAUACGAUGAUGAAGACAUAGAACCUUGGGGAUGGGACGGCGAUGAGCCUCUCCCUCGCCAUCAUCACCAUCAUCGAUUCCGUAGCGUUCCACCCCCAUGGACUGCCCUGCCUGGUACAGGUGCAAACCGUCAUGGAAUAAUCCCAAUCCCUCCCUACCGUUCCCAGCGUACCCAGAUACCGGCACGUUCAAACGAUGACGGGACCAAUCCCUUGCUCAUCCGUAGCGACCGUGGUCCUGAGACUCCUGGACCUAAUCGUGGGCCCGGCAGUGAAGCGUUCACUGACUGGGUGCAUAGUAUGGACCCGACUUCUACCGGGCGUCUGCUAUCUGUCGAUAGCCCAGUCAGUUUCAUGAAUGCUAUUAUGCAGGCAAUCGGCGGGCAAGGAGGUCCAGGUUUUGGAGUGAUCACCCGCCCUGAGGCAAUUCACGUUCACGUCGACCGGCGAACUAUUUUGCCAAACCGCAUUCAAGAUAUUUUCGGUCUAGGCAGGCCUCAAGUGGUCUCUGCUCGUUCCCGUGACGAUCCAUCACAAGCGGUCGCUUUCUCACUGGCGACAACGACAACCCGUUGGCAAGAAGAAGCGCGUCUGCUGUUCAGCAGUGCUUAUGUUGAAAAGACGCAGCGGGUGGUAAACUCUAUCCUGCGCGUUCUGGUCCCCCCUGCUAUAGAGGAGGAGAAGAAGCGACAGAAACAGUUGGAGGAAGAGCGGAAACGCCGAGAAGAGGAGAGGGCUGAGCGCGAACGUCAAGAGCGGAUUGCCAGGGAAGAAGAGGAGAAGGAAAGGAGGCGCAAAGAAGAGGAAGAAGCGGCCAGACAACAGCAGGAGCUUGAGGAGGAAGCACAACGCAGAGCCGCCGCUGGAGAGGUUGAGCCGAUGGAUGAUGUUCGAAGCACCGAGCCUCAUGCUGAGGAGGAAGCCCCACCAGCUGAAACUGGACCAUCUGAGCCUACUCACCGUGUUCAUACUACUAUCCGCGGCCGCCAGCUGGAUAUCACAGGCAUGGAAAUCGACCCCGAAUAUCUGGAGGCACUACCAGAAGAGCUCAGAGAGGAGGUAAUCAUGCAGCAACUCGCGGAGCAACGCUCUCAAGCGGCUGCAUCUGGAGAGGAGCCUUCCGAGAUCAAUCAAGAGUUCCUCGAGGCUUUACCUGCUGAGAUCCGAGAAGAAUUACUGCAGCAGGAAGCGGCAGACCGUCGCCGCCGCGAACGCGAGAACGCCCGGAGACAAGCCGCAGCGUCGGGCGCCCCUGUCCACGCUGAAGAGAUGGAUGCCGCUAGUUUUAUAGCAACACUGGACCCGUCGUUGCGACAAGCAGUUCUUGCAGAUCAACCCGAUGAUGUUCUAGCGUCAUUGGGGCCCGAAUUCCUCACAGAAGCUCGUGCUCUCACUGGUCGAAGACUGAACCAGUUCGGAGAUAGUGCAAGAAUUGACCGCCAAAGAGAGGAAGCAGUCCAAGACCAAGAAGCGAAGAAGCCUCAGCGGCGCCAAAUCGUCCAAAUGCUUGACAAAGCUGGUGUCGCGACGCUUCUUCGUCUCAUGUUUAUGCCCCUCCAAGGAAAUGCUCGUCACCAGCUUAACGACAUCCUCCAUAAUGUCUGCGAAAACCGUCAAAACAGAAUCGAGGUCAUUAGUCUUCUGCUUUCGAUUCUCCAAGACGGAAGCACAGAUGUCAGCGCCGUGGAACGCAGUUUCGCCCAGUUGUCACUUCGUGCAAAGACCCCCGCAGCGCAGAAGACACCUCAGCCUGUCAAGAGAACAUUGUCCUUCCAGACCACGGCCAGUGCUAACAAUGAGGUAACGCCGCUGAUGGUGGUGCAGCAAUGUCUCGGCGCCCUUUCUUUCUUGACCCAGUUCAAUGCACACAUUGCAUGGUUCUUUUUGACCGAGCACGAAUCUGCUUCUGCGCUGAAGCUGAAAUCUUUCCGUAAGGGGAAGGGCAAGGAGAAUCGUGCAAACAGAUUUGCUUUGAAUACUUUGCUCUCCUUGCUGGACCGCAAGCUGAUAAUGGAGAGUCCGACGUGCAUGGAGCAGCUUUCUGGUCUCUUGAGCAGCAUCACUCAGCCACUCACACUCCUGCUCCGCCGCGAAAAGGAGAAACAAGAAGAAGCAAAGGGUAAGGAGCCAGAAGCUGCUGCCGGACAAGAGGAAGAGAAGCGCCCUUCGAUCGAGGGCGGUGCCGCGGAUACCACCAUGACAGAAGCUGCUCCCCUGGAGGCAGCAAAGCCUGCCGAGGAUGAAAAGCCAAAGAGACGGACAAUUGAACCCCCCGUCGUACCAGAGACCAACCUCAACAAGGUCGUUCAUAUCCUUGCAGCACGUGAAUGCAACGGAAAGACGUUCAGAGAAACCCUCUCAACCAUAAACAAUUUAUCCGCCAUCCCAGGCGCUAAAGACGUGAUUGGCAAGGAGUUGAUCAGUCAGGCUCAGGCUCUCAGCAUGACAAUACAGUCUGAUCUUGACGAACUUUUGCAGCAUAUCCAUCAGGCUAACUCAGGUACUGAAAUGCAAGGCUUGGCGCUUUCCAAGUUCUCGCCGCCGAGCUCGGAUCAGACCAAACUGCUCCGUGUUCUCACUGCUUUGGACUACUUGUUCGAUCCGAAUAGAGUAGACAGGACAAAGGGUGCCGAGCCUGAAUCCGCGGCCAAAGAAGACAUUCUGAAGACAUUGUACGAAAGCUCAGCCUUCGGUCCUCUCUGGGCUAAGUUGAGUGACUGCUUGACUGUCAUCCGCCAGAAGGAGAAUAUGCUGAACGUGGCGACUAUACUCCUUCCUCUCAUUGAAUCUCUCAUGGUUGUAUGCAAGAAUACCACCCUGAAGGAUGCGCCCAUCUCAAGAUACGUCAGGGAGCAUUCCGUGUCCAGCCCUCCGCCAGAGACUGGAUCCGCCAUGGAAAACUUGUUCUUCAGGUUCACGGAAGAACAUCGUAAAAUCCUGAAUGAGCUUGUUCGUCAGAACCCUCGUCUCAUGAGCGGCACAUUCUCUCUGCUCGUCAAGAAUCCGAAAGUCUUGGAGUUUGACAAUAAACGCAAUUACUUCACUCGCCGCAUCCACUCUCGCGGCACGGAAACACGACACCCUCAUCCUCCUCUUCAGCUUUCUGUUCGCAGAGAUCAGGUGUUCCUUGACUCCUUCAAGUCUCUCUACUUCAAGACAGCAGAUGAAAUGAAAUACGGAAAACUGAGCGUUCGCUUCCAUGGAGAAGAGGGUGUCGAUGCAGGAGGAGUGACGAGGGAAUGGUUCCAAGUACUUGCUCGAGGAAUGUUUAACCCUAACUAUGCGCUGUUCAUUCCUGUUGCCUCCGACCGAACAACUUUCCAUCCUAACCGCCUCAGUGGUGUCAACUCAGAACAUCUGAUGUUCUUCAAGUUCAUCGGACGGAUUAUUGGCAAGGCGUUGUAUGAGGGCCGCGUCUUAGACUGUCACUUCAGCAGAGCUGUGUACAAACGAAUUCUUGGGAAGUCUGUCUCUCUCAAAGACAUGGAAACCCUCGACCUCGAUUAUUACAAAUCUCUAGUCUGGAUGCUCGAGAACGAUAUUACCGAUAUCAUUACCGAGACUUUUGCCAUCGAGACCGAUGACUUCGGAGAGACGCAGAUUAUCGACCUGAUCCCGAAUGGUCGCAACAUUCCUGUUACGCAGGAGAAUAAGGAGGAAUACGUGCAGCGCGUAGUCGAAUACCGCUUAAUUGAUUCCGUUAAGGAGCAGCUCGACAACUUCCUGAAGGGCUUCCAUGACAUCAUUCCAGCUGAUCUGAUUUCCAUCUUCAACGAACAGGAGCUCGAGCUUUUGAUUUCUGGCUUGCCUGAAAUCGACGUGGACGAUUGGAAGAACAACACGGAAUACCAUAACUAUUCCGCCUCGUCCCCGCAGAUCCAAUGGUUCUGGCGUGCUGUGCGAUCGUUCGACAAGGAAGAGCGCGCCAAACUGCUCCAGUUCGUUACCGGUACGAGCAAGGUUCCACUCAACGGCUUCAAGGAGCUCGAGGGUAUGAACGGGUUCAGCAAGUUCAAUAUCCAUCGUGACUACGGCAACAAGGAUCGUCUUCCAAGCUCUCACACCUGCUUCAACCAAAUGGAUCUGCCAGAGUACGAAAGUUACGAGGAUCUUAGAUCGCGGCUGUACACAGCUAUGACAGCUGGUAGCGAAUACUUUGGAUUUGCAUAG